CAUUGUACCCGGAUCCGGGUCGUUCAUGGAAAAUCCUCUGUGGUCACCUGUAGGAGAGAGAAGGAAUAAGCAUCUCAAGCCCCCAGCAACUCACAACCACCACCCGCUGAAACACAUGAUGAAGAGGACAUGAACCGCAAAAGUAGAAUUAGCCCAUGACUUGUUCUCCAGAAUGCAGCGUUAAAAGUAGACACCAGGAAGCAGACCCUACUAACAGAGCAGAUUAUAGAAUGAGAAAAACACUUACCUAACAGGCAGCGCUAUCAUGCCGAUCCGUAACCAACACCACGUGCCCAGUCUGCUGCCAGGGGCUGUAACAACACGCUCUGUCACCUGUAGUACUGCGCACCUGCCCCCUAAAUACAGUCUACACAGACUCAUUCAGCACUAUCAAAUCAUUAAAACAAUGCUGAAUGGUAUUUCCAUUUAGUAUAAGGUAUAAUGAAUAGGAGAAUUAAAAUAUAGGGAAAGCCAAGGCCGUUACAGUUACAGCACGGACAAUUUUACCAGUGCAUUGACAAGCAGGCGCCAAUGCUGUUUAUUAGCAUGUGUUCUAAGGAAACUGUGACAGGUUUUAAAGAAAAACUCAAAUAUUCUAAUCAUUAGCCAACCAUGAGAUGUACCAAUUUAUCCCAAGUAAUGCACCCAUUAUCAUCCUCCCCCCCCCCCCCGGGUUGCACGCCCAUCAUUCCUCUCCCCUGGCACGGCACACAGCGCGCCCAUCAUUCCUCUCCCCUGGCAUGCCCUUUAUUUUUUUUCCCCUUGCAUUAUAAACUGGAAAUGUUCGCCAGUUGGCUCCGGCACUCCUCGAUGCUGGUUUCAAAAACAUGGGGGGCAUACAGAAACUUUGCCAUUAGUCAUCGAUUUCUAAGCACCUCAGCUGGGAACAAUAUUUGGGGCAAGAAUCUAGCUGACAUUCAGCAAGCGGGGAAAACCUGUAUCUCCUAAUGGGAAUAGAUGCUAUAGAUCGUCUGGUAUUUUCCAUUUUAUCCACCUCCAUAAUGCUGACAAAUCAUUUCAUGUGCCCCUUCCUUAACUCCACAAAUAUGAAAAAAAAAUACACAUAAGCUGACUUGAGAAUAAUACAGGCUCCUUAUUAUUAUUAUUUAUAAAGCGCCAACAAAUUCUGCAGCGCUGUACAAUGGGGCUUACAGAAAUGGUAUCUCACGGGUGAAAACCUAAGACGGAUGCAUUUAAUUGGUUUUCAUAGUAAUUGACACCAAAAGUUUUCAAAUAGGACAAUAUCUCCAUUAAAGGGAGACUCCAGGCACCCAGUUCACUUCUGCCCAUUUGAGCGGUCUGGGUGCCAACUCCCAUCACCCUUAACCCUGCAAGUGUAAUUAUUGCAGUUUUUAUAAACUGUAAUCAUUAACUUGCAGGGAUAACUCCUCCCUCCUCUAGUGGCUGUCUGUCCCAUUGACAUUAAGUGAGGCAGUCUGUGUUGGUGUGACGCUAGGAUAUUGGACACUGAGCCACAGAAUUAUAAAGCCUAGGGUUAGCUAGAGAUAGCCAGAAUUACAAGAACGGGGUAUCUAUAUCAGCCCAGAACACAAAGGAACUGGAAACAAGAACACAGAUAAAGUUAAGAGCUAAUUUUGUGCAUUCUGCCUAAUAUCCAAUAAUAUCACCGUGAGACACAUCUUGUAAAUCGCCAUUCCUCUGUUUGUUAUUAAACGAGAGAAAGGGGUUACCUCUAAAUUUAUCAGAGAAAAGACAUUGUGUGCAAACUGAGCUCUUGCCUUUCAGCUUGUUUAAUGUCCUGUAUCCCCAGUGCCAUGGCUUUAAUCUGCAGAGAGCCUUUCUAAUGCCUUAAGAAUAGGUUUCAGAUGCCAAUUUAACAUAUUGUAAAUCAAGUUCUAAUCUGAAAUCAUGACAAGUUUCUGUAACCAUAGUUACAAUGAUCGGCAUUGAUACUUACAUUUCGAGCUGCGUCCUGAUUGGCUCUCUGUCGGCGCAGGUCUGCUUUAAUAAAUGCUGCAGGAAGAAUAAGGCAGUUAUGGUAAAUCUCAGAGGUGGGGGAGACAGGACAAAGCUGACGAUUAAGGAACAUUCUGUACAACAACAUUCCUUCGAUAACUAGGAAUGCUGAUAAUUUAGUAUAUUUUCUCACUGAUUAGAAAUAGGUUUAUCAGCCACUAAAAUACCACAAUUAAUUAUCUGUUAGUAACACCACUAUUAUUACAAUAACAGUUUCUAUGACCAUCAAUUAGAAAUACUAUAAUUAUAUUAUCCAAUAAAAUGUAAAUAUUUUUCAUCCAUCAGAAAUGUGCUUUAAAUAAAUCCUAUGAACAGCAAUAGGUUAGUAAACAAGGUGAAUUAUCUUCCCAUCUAUAAAAAGGUAAACACUGCGCAGGUCUGUUAGAGAACGCCAAAGCCCCCACUAUACCUGUAAUCACUGCGCCAACCAGUAAAAAGCUACACAGGAACAGAUUUCCAGGAAUAACCCCAAAUGACUCCAGGAUCUGUCCUUGGAUCAUCGUGAAGAUCAGACCAAACACCUGGGGAACAAGAAUACAUCAAUAUACACGCACACACACCGUGUCACCAAACAGAACACACACACACCGUGUCACCAAACAGAAUAUACACACACACACACACACACACCGUGUCUCCAAACAGAAUACACACACCGUGUCACCAAACAGAACAUACACACACACACACAACCCGUCACCAAACAGAAUAUACACACACACACACACCCCGUCACCAAACAGA